AUGCGGCAGAGGUCGGACGCGAUAGGGCUGGUGGUGAUCGACGAGGAGGACAACCCCACGCUGCUGCUGAGGUCGGACGCGAUAGGGCUGGUGGUGAUCGACGAGGAGGACAACGCCACACUGCUGGUGCACCGCAUCUCAGCAGAUGAUAUCUACCAGCGGCAAGAAGACACCAUCAUCUCGUGGACGGACCCCGAGGUAGCAACAGACCUGGCGCUGAGCUUUCAAGAAAGCAUGGGAUGCUCCUACAUAUGGGAGCAAAUAUGCAAUGUGCAGCGCCAAGUGCAGGUGUCUCCAGGCACUGAGGGAGGAGGGGCUGGAGCACGUGACGAGAUUGCAAUUCAUGAGGCAUCCCCCGAAAAUGCCCUUGAAGCAGCAACAGACAUGUCUGAAUUGCCUGCAGUGGAGUUGAGGAACCUUCCUGUCAUUGCCAAGAUGCUAACAGACGUGCCGUUGUUCCACAAAGACCGAAUUGCCUCACUCGUCCUUAGAGAGGGCUACGUGCCCAAGCUGUUGGACCUGUUCCGUCAGUGCGAGGAUCUGGAGAAUCUCGACGGACUGCACCACCUGUACCGCAUUGCCAAGGGGCUGGUACUGCUCAACGACACCAAUCUGUUCGACCUGCUCUUUGCUGACAACGCCAUUCUGGACCUUGUUGGGGCUCUUGAAUAUGACCCCGACCUGCCAUCGCGCCAGCAGCACCGCAAGUUUUUGCUAGAGCAAGUGGAGUAUCGCGAGGCCGUGCCCAUCCAGGACCCCAGCCUGCGCUCUAAGAUCCACCAGACAUACCGCUUAGGUUAUAUCAAGGAUGUGAUUUUACCGCGGGUUUUGGACGACCAAACAUACGGGACCUUCAACUCCCUCAUUCUGUUCAAUAAUGUGGAGGUGGUGUCCACUCUACAGGGAGACAAGCCCUUCCUCUCGGACCUCUUCUCCCAGCUGCGAUCCAAAGACCCCUCCUCCCCCGCCUUUAGAGACCUGGUUCGAUUCCUACAGGAGUUUUGCUCGCUGCACAAGCACCUGCAGAUCACACAAAGAAACCAGUCCUUCAGUGCUCUGAUUGGUCUGGGCCUAUUUGAAAUCGUCACCACGAUCUUGCAACACACUGACGCCUCCCUACGCCUUUGCGGCACCGACAUGCUCAUGUCAGCUCUCAGUCCCGACCCUGCCCCCCUGCGCACCUUUCUCGUGGAGCAACCCGGCCACACACUCUUCUCCUGCCUUGUUAAGGGAAUGGUGGAGCGCAGUCAGGGGGAGGGGGGGUCUCACGUGCAGCUCUUAGAAAUAUUGCGGCAGCUGCUAGACACCGACACCAUGGACACGGCCGAAAAGAACAAGUUUCUAGACGUGUUUUAUGAGGAGUACGUGGAUGUGCUUGUAAAGGGGAUAACCACCGCUGCUGCAGCUGCUGCAGCAGUGGGAGGGGGAGGAGGAGGUAGUGGAGGAGGGGGGUUAGGAGGCGGAGUUGUGUCGCCGGCUCCUGAGGUGCUGGCGAGUAUCUGCGAUCUGCUGUGCUUCUGUGUGCUACACCACAGCUUCCGAAUGAAGUACUACGUGUUGCGCAACAACGUGGUGGAGAAGGUGCUGCGGCUGGUGCGGCGGAAGGAGAGGUACCUGGUGGUGGCGGCUGUGCGCUUCCUGCGCUCCUGCAUCAGCCUCAAGGACGACUUUUACCUGCGCUACCUGGUCAAGAACCGUCUGUUUGAGCCCGUGAUCGCAGCCUUCAGAGCCAACGGCAGCCGCUACAACCUCCUCAACUCCGCUGUGCUGGAUUUAGUCGAAUUCAUCCGCAAGGAGAACAUCAAGUCGCUGGUGACCCAUCUAGUGGAGACAUACGGCUCCUGGUUUGACUCGGUUGACUACGUUGACUCUUUCAAGCUGCUGCGCCUCAAAUACGAACAGGUGAGGGGGGAAUGGGCGCAUGGGAGGGGAGGAAUGGGCGCAUGGGAGGGGAGGAAUGGGCGCAUGGGAGGGGAGGAAUGGGCGCAUGGGGGGGGAGGAAUGGGCGCAUGGGGGGGGAGGAAUGGGCGCAUGGGGGGGGAGGAAUGGGCGCAUGGGGGGGGAGGAAUGGGCGCAUGGGGCGGGAGGAAUGGGCGCAUGGGAGGGGAGGAAUGGGCGCAUGGGAGGGGAGGAAUGGGCGCAUGGGAGGGGAGGAAUGGGCGCAUGGGAGGGGAGGAAUGGGCGCAUGGGAGGGGAGGAAUGGGCGCAUGGGAGGGGAGGGAUGGGCGCAUGGGAGGGGAGGGAUGGCGCAUGGGAGGGGAGGAAUGGGCGCAUGGGGGGGGAGGAAUGGGCGCAUGGGGGGGGAGGAAUGGGCGCAUGGGGGGGGAGGAAUGGGCGCAUGGGGGGGGAGGAAUGGGCGCAUGGGAGGGGAGGAAUGGGCGCAUGGGAGGGGAGGAAUGGGCGCAUGGGAGGGGAGGAAUGGGCGCAUGGGGGGGGAGGAAUGGGCGCAUGGGAGGGGAGGAAUGGGCGCAUGGGAGGGGAGGAAUGGGCGCAUGGGAGGGGAGGAAUGGGCGCAUGGGAGGGGAGGAAUGGGCGCAUGGGAGGGGAGGAAUGGGCGCAUGGGAGGGGAGGAAUGGGCGCAUGGGAGGGGAGGAAUGGGCGCAUGGGAGUGGAUGGAGGGCACUGCUUUUCUCCCGCCCCUUUCCUCCUUCCUCCCUUUUCCUUCACAGCAGAACCUUGAGUCGAUGCGCCCAGCAGAAGAGCCUUCUGCUCCCCAUUUCUUCACACCCCCCCUCGUCCCCUCUCCCCUCCUCCCCCUUCCUGCCUCGUCCUUCCCCUUCCCAACAGACCCUCGAGUCAAUGCGGACAGCAGAAGAGCCUUCUGCUCCACAUUUCUUCACACCCCCCCACGUCCCCUCUCCUCUCCUCCCCCUUCCUUCCUCGUCCUUCCCCUUUCCCAACAGAACCUUGAGUCGAUGCGGCCGGCAGAAGAGCCUUCUGCUGCCCCUCCGCCCUCCCACUCAGUUUGAGAGUUGCAUUUUCCUGCUCUCCUCUCCGACUCACACUCCCCCCUCUCCCCUUUCACAACAGAACCUCGAGUCACUGCGGCCAGCAGAAGAGCCUUCUGCUGCAUUUCCCCUCUCCCACUUGCUUUCAACCUCGGCUUCUCUUGCCAUGCCUCACUGUUUUUCCCCUGCUCCUCCCCUUCCUCCUCCCUUUCUAUCACAACAGAACCUUGAGUCAAUGCGGCCAGCAGAAGAGCCCUCUGCUGCCCCUCCGCCCUCCCACUUGCCGCGAGCCACAGCCAUCAGUGUGCAAUCAAGCGGCGACAGGUGGCGACAUGAGAGUGGUGGAGGGGGGGCGGCAGGGGGAGAAGGGGGGAGGAGUGGGGAGGGGGGGAUGGAACGGGGAGGGCGAGUGAGGGUGGAGAAGAGGAGAGUGAGGGAGGAGAGGGAGCUUGAGAGAGAGGAGGAGGAUUACUUCGAAAGCGGAGGCGACAGUGACGAGGACGAGCCAGCAGCACAGGAGGAGGAGCACGAUGACAGCCUACCAGUGCUCGACCCGUCAGGCACACCCCCCCUUCCACGCCACAAAUCCCGCUCGCCCUCUCCACCUCGCUCCCUUGCCAACGGCAUCAUUCCACCAGAGCCUUCCAGGAAGCCUCUUCAUGGGCUCGUGGACUAUGAGGAUGAGGAUGACGAAGACCGCCCCUCUUCCUGCUCCCCUUUCCCUCCUAGCCCCCGGCCCUCCUCUGGCUCCCCAGCCUCGGGAAGAGGCUUCGAGGCUCGGGAAGAGGCUCGGGGAGAGGCUCGGGGAGAGGCUCGGAACGGCCCGAAGCGGAGCGGAACAGGAGGAGCAGGUUCGGGCGGGAAGGAUGGGUCAUUCCAAGUCGUCUCCUUCCUCCUCGCCCAAAGCCUUUUCAUCACCGAAAACGUCGCCGUCUCAAUCCCCCAGAUCAUCCCCUUCGCGAUCGCCUAG